GAUACACCUCCGAAGUAGUUGUUGGCUUGUUGCAGAAAGCAGCCGCUUUUUGCGUCGCUCCUGCGGUCCUGACUCCUCCUGUCUGGCUGUCUCACAGUGCCCCUGUUGUGCUCGUCGUUCUUGGCCACGGCCCUCGGCUCAGGAAAAAGGGGCAACUUUGCAUUUAUCCUUUGGCCCCUUAGAAGAUUGCCCGCGUCAAGAUUUGGUGGGAACCCAAUUCGCUGCUAUUCCCUGUGGAAAGGCGACGCUUUGGUUCCUGUUUCCCCACAGCUCCCAACUCUAUAUAUUCCAAUCUCUUCUUCACCUACUCGCCUAACUUUCGUUUACUUCGAUCCGCCAGUUUGUGCUUCCCACCCCUCGGCAUUCGGCUGUUUGUUACUUUGUUGCUUUGUCGCAAGUCAGAUCAAUCUGUGGCCGGGAGUUGUUGUGUUUUGUCCUGUUCUUGCCCGGAGACGGAGACGGGAGACAUGGCCGCGGCGAACGGAGCUGCCGCUGUCGGUGCCGGUGCGGGGCUGUUCAGCGAGGAGGAGCUGCGGGAGGUGAGCGGGGUGCGCUGGGGGGAGGACUUCGUCGAGGUGACGUGCGGAUGCACCAGCCACCGCUACGGCGACGCCGUAGGCCGCCUUCGCGUCUGCGCGUCUGGCGACCUGGAGAUCAACUGCGAGUGUACGCCCGGCUGCCGCGAAGACAAGCUGACACCGGCUGCCUUUGAGAAGCACUCUGGAAAGGAGACAGCCGGAAAGUGGAGGAACUCCGUCUGGGUGAUGGUUGAGGGAGAAAAGGUACCCCUGUCCAAGACGGUUCUGCUCAAAUACUACUACCUGGCGCGCAAAUCCGGCAGCGGCGGCGGCGGCGGCUGCGGUCGUCGUAACGGACGGCCGUCUCACCGCGACGAGUUCGUCUGCUGCACGAGAUGUGGCAAGGGUAGGAGGUUUCGGCUCCGGUCAAAAGAAGAGUGCCGUGCUUACCAUGACGCCCUUGCCAAAGCUCACUGGACAUGCACGGAUUUGACAAAUGAUGGGGUCAGCUGUGCCGACGAAGAGGAGCGCGCAAGCCGCAAGGUCCUGCGGGGCUGCUCCCGCUCACCGUCGUGCACCGGCUGCAUGAAGUGCGUCUGCUUCGGGUGCGAGACCUGCCGCUUCGUGGACUGCGACUGCCAGACCUGCGUCGACUUCUACCGCAACUCAAAGGAAUAGGAUAGGGUUUAGGAACUGUAGGCCAGGCCGCUAUUCUAUUUUAAACAUUUUCCAUUAGCCUAGU